AUGACGGACAGAAACUUGGCACCUUUUUACCGGAAUCGAAGCAGAUUGCCUCGGCAACAGCAUCAGCCAAUCGACAGCUGGUCAAGAGGAAUCGGCCGUCGUCUUUUGGUAGAGCCGACCUUCGAAUCUCUUUACGCAAUACUUCCACUCGAAAUGGAAACCGCCCGAUUACAGUUGGGUGGAGCGCGAGGAGUUCCAGAAGUACGAGGAGAAGACAUGCGACAAACAGAGCGACACUGA